GGGAGGUUGCUCAUCCCUAGCUGGGUGACCAAGCUCCCUGUCCUCCUCAUGCAGUCAGCAAUUGGGGGGAUGUCCUUGUGGAUCAUGCUUGCCCCUGGCGGAAUCGCAAGGCAGUGAGUUCCGUGAAUCCUGUCCUCCCUGUGGAAGUUGUUCCUCCCUGCACAGGCGCCCUGUGCUGACGUUGAAGCUUCUAUUCUGGCACCUUCGUGUGCCCUCUCUCUUUUCCCAAGUACUGAUUUUGGAUCUCCUCUAUCUCAUUUCCUGUCCGAACGUUCCCUGUCCUUUCUUUUCCUCUUCUGGAAUGCUACCCUUGCCUCACCCAGCUUCUUGUUUGCCUUGCGGCAAACAGCGAUGUUGCCUUACCACGACUUUCGAUGGCCCCGCAUUGGUCAGCUUCUUGCUUGUGUAGCCAUUAUCAGUCAUGUGGCAGGAGUAUAGGAGUUUGUGUUGUGUACUUCAGAUUGUGAGUUUCUCUACGAGGUCUGAUUGCAGGUGACAACUGCGCAGCGUCGCCUAGUUGUACCUGUGCGGCUUGGCGGGUCUUAUGCGUCUACGCGUGUUUGUGCACAGUCAAACUUGCACACUUGCUUGACCGGGUGUGAGAAGUGUGCUUGCACAUGUGUGUGUUGUGGCGUGCAAGUUGGCUAAGAAGGCUAGAGAAAGGGGGGGGAGGUGGUUGGGGCUGGGUGUUGCGCGAAGGGGGUUAAGUGAUGACGUGGAUAAGACACUCUGCGGCACGAUCAGGUAGAUGGGCGGGUUUGGUGGCAGUCUACCUAUCGAGGUCAGCGAGGAUUUCGCCUUACCAGGUAGUGCUCGACUCAGCAGGGCUUGCCUCCACCUCGUCAAGGAGGUUUGUUGCGGGUCAUUGUCGUUGCUUCUCGAGGCCUGUGCUCGUUCCUCCCUUGACACAUGUGCUCUCCUCAGGCCAUGGGAUCAGCAACCAUGUGAGCACUUCUAGUAGCAAGGGGGUGCCACGGGAUGUAGCUCGUGCCGCUGGAACUGCCUCCGUUGGGCCUGAGCUCUGCAAUGGCGAGGCUGGACAAGAGUAUGGAAGUGCAGGGGACAAAGAGCAAGUGCGGGCUGCCUCCUGGAAGGGAUUGGCACAAUCCUUGCCGGGAAGGACAGAGAAAGAUGCACAACGAGGAGUUGGGGAAGGGCGGGUGAUGGGUACCAAGGUGGUGCUGAGCGAUAGCUGGAGCCGGAGUUUGGUAGUUGAUGGAGGGGGCGAGGGAUUGCCGUUGCUGGCGAAAGCCUGCAAGAUGGGGACAACAGCAGCAGCGUGGAGGUUGACUAUGGCCAGGAACAUGUUGGUUAGAGCAGGGGGCAAGGAUGACGAGCAAGGGGAUGGGAGUAGGAAAGGGAAGGAAGAGGAAGGGGGUGAAAGGGGAGGAGAGGGAGCGGUUGGAACGGCGGCGGAGGGGGUAGAGAGGAUGCCGUCUUCGCCAGUGGGGGACACGCGGGGAGAUGCUGCGACUGGUGGUGCAUUCUCUCAGUCGUCAUCUGCAACUGCUGCCGCUGGCGGCGACGACCACCCUGUCUCGGGUGAAAAUAGCACUGUUGCAACAGCGGAGGUCGACGGAGAGGCAGGGGGGACGGAGUCCACUCCUGUUGUUUUGGAGCCGGCUGAGAAUUUGUGGUCUGGGCUCCAGGAAGUUUACGAGUCUGUUAGGGUUUGGGUUGCACUGGGUUUCCAUCGCGCAGCUGUGGAGCGGAACUUUGAUUUGAUGAACUUCUUAGAGGGUGUCCGACAUGCGUACCUUAUGGUUAAUGAUCUUUUUGCAAAACUAGAUUUUAAGACCAUGAAGCAGAUGGUUGCUCCACGCGUGUUGAGAGCAUUCGAGGAAACGGUAGACUACUAUAAGAAGAAGGGUUUGAGGAUGGAGCAUAUUGUGGACAGUGUAAAUGACAUCAGACUAGUCAAGAUCUGGUUCAUUCCAGAUGGUGCUGACGCACUUGAGCUCAAAGAUAUGGCACCUGUGAUAGAUGGAUAUGGCAAUAACUGGCUGGUUUUUGCUGUUAGGCUGAGGACUCAGGAUAGAUGCAGGCUCUUCAAUGUCGAAACAGGGAGGCUGGUGUCCCACACAGUAGAUCGGAGAGGGCACGUGUGGUUGUUUGCCCGGCAGUUGCCGGACAAAAGCCGCCUUCCUGUUGAGGACCUCGAGUCCUCCUGGUAUCUGGUUGACUUCAAGUUUCCCGGUUGAUUGAGUUGUUCGUUGUUUCAAAUGACGAACUCCUCCAUUGCUCGAGUGAUGAGCUCGCGCAUCGUUGAUGAAAGCGGCCUGUCCUUCUGUUGCCAAUUGGACCAACCAGUCGCUGAUCAACGUUCCCACGGUCAACUUGUGGUUUCCAUGCGCUCCAUUCUCUUCGAUUGAGCAAGUGCCAGUUGUGUAGGUCAGGUGCCACUUGUAGGCGGAGCAGGGAUCACGGCAAGUAGUCUAUGUUGCUGGGGUCAGGUGUGGAAUGCGCAUCUGUCAUGGCCACAUGUCGGCGUGUCUGGUUGGGAACAGGCCUUGUAUGUUUUGCUAGGGUCGGGUGCCGGAUGUGCAUCUGUCUUGGCCGCAUGUCAGCGUGUCUGGCUGCAACAGGCUUUGUAUGUUUUGCUAGGGUCAGGUGCUGGAUGCAAAUCUGACAUGGCCACGUGUCAGCGUGUCUGGCAGUAAUAGGCUCAGUUUUGCAGCGAGCCAGACGCUGGAUAUGACUCGCAAUGGCCUUUUGUCAGCGUGGUUGGUGGUCGCAGCAGAUUAUUGGGAGGAGGAUGCCUCUUUUUCUAUACAUCUUCACAGAUGGAAAGUGGCGAAGUGCUCGUCCCAUACGUUCAUCUAGAUGGGAACUACGUACAGUUUCGUCUAUGAAGAUGGGAGUAGAAUAUAGAUUGAAGCCCAUCUGUGAUGGGUGUUUUGUGGCAAAUAGCCAGUUUUGAUUGUGCCGAUGCUCGCAAAAUGUCCAGUCUUCGUAGCAAAGGCAAUCUCUCUCUCUCUCUCUCUCUCUCUCUCUCUCUCUCUCUCUCUCUCUCUCUCUCUCUCUCUCUNCUCUCUCUCUCUCUCUCUCUCUCUCUCUCUCUCUCUCUCUCUCUCUCUCUCUCUCUCUCUCUCUCUCUCGGUCUAAUAUUACCUUUGACUUUGUGCAAUGCUCGCAUUGGCGCUUCGAGUCUGCUAUGUGAUCGUAAUUGCCGAGACCGCGGAGAAUCAUAGAGUUUCUCUGCGGAUCUUGGAAAUAAAAGAAGUUGGAUUUAGGGUUCCCCGAUUUGUCUCAAAAACCUAAAGCUGCCAGGCGGUGAAUCAUUUUUUGCAUAUCAACGAGUAAAGAGACGUGACCUGCUCGUUGAACGUGUACAAUUCGACUGUUCAUUCCAACUUGGCCUGUUAAGUUGUGGACUAGGCUGCAAAGUGGCAUGCCUGCCUUGAAGUGGAUGGGGUGAUUGACAGCUUAUGAUGCUGAUUGCGAAUUAUCAAUCGACAAGUGGUGGAUGGUGCUGAGAUGAAUGUGGAGGUUCCCGUGAUUGCUCAUUGAUGGCAGAUGGAUGCUCUUUCUUGAAAGCAUGGUGGGAGAAUUGCCGAAUCUGAAGCUGUUUUUCUCCCCCUCGGAAUCCGUGAAAAAGUCUCGUUAUUGGUUAUGAUGGUUGGCAAGUCGCAGCAGGUUUAUGGUUAGCUUCGGCUCGCUUGGAAAGGAAAAGUGUGGUAAGAUUGAUUUGACAAACUGCGCUUCUGGCGUGCCUGCAAGUUUCGAGCGGAGAUGAAACUUUCGUCGUAACGCAAGCUUCCUUACAUACAUGGCUCACAUGGAGAAGUGGUUGGUUCAGGGAGCCGCAGUGUUUUAUGUUGUGUGCUGUUAUGGUCAUGGAUGACGUCAAGGAGUGUCGCAGUUUUUCGCUCCGUAUAUGGCGUAUAGGACAUGAGGUUGUCGUAUCGGAUUGCACAGAUAUGAUGACCUACCUGCAUUCUAAUCGGAGGAACACAACAUUAUUAGCUUUAAACGAGGAGCAGUGCCUAUUGUCCUCAGUGAUGGCGGUGAGGUAAACGGAGUGAGAAGAGAAGACGCCGUGCGAUCAGAGUGAGUGUUUUCAACAAGGAGAGAGAGUUUCAGUCCAGCCAUUCCCAUUGCUUUUGAUUUGCUUCAAGUGCCUGAGAUCCUCAGUGAUGGCGGUGAAGGAAACGGAGUGAGAAGAGAAGACACUAUGCGAGCGGUGAGUGUUUUCAACAAGGAGAGCUUCAGUCCCAGCCAUUCACGUUGCCUUCGAUUGGAUUGGCCACAAGUGCAGCCAGAAGAGAUGUGUGGGAGAGUUCGCCGUUGCAAGAGGAUUGUGUGGGAGGAGAAGUUGGAACCCUCACCUCUUUUAUAUGUGCAAUCUCACAGACACUAUUUGGAAAGUUCGACCGAAAGUGCGGUGCACGGAUUGACAUAGAAUCAGGUAAUUAAAGGGGGGCCAUUGAUGCCAGUAGAUUGGGGGAGUGGUUGGGGGAGUCGUUGGGGUUUGGCUGUCAGGGGUGAGAAGAGAGGAUACGGUAGAUGCAAACGAGGGAGGUUCUUACGGCGCACUGGGGCUAUGACUGGUAAGUUGCUGAUGACGCCUACCGAUAAGGUAUCAGAGUUUGCCUGUGUAGGGAUGGCUGGGAGUUCGGAGAGACACAACAAGCAGGGGGUUUGGUGUGUGCGGGGAAGCCCCGUCCCAGUCACGCCUAUGCCUGAAACCGAUUUGAUUGGCGGGAGUUUGUGUUUUGCUUGACCCAUAACAUUGAUCGGUGGGAAUUUGAAAACACUGAUCAUUGCCGUUUGAAGCCAAAUUCAGUUCCGCGACAUGUGAUACGCACACGACAGCAACCUGUGUGUGUGUGUGUGUGUGUGUGUGUGUGUGUGUGUGUGUGUGUGUGUGUGUGUGAGAGAGAGAGAGAGAGAGAGAGAGAGAGAGAGAGAGAGAGAGAGAGAGAGAGAGAGAGGGCAACAGGCGAGUCAGGUUGGAGUGGUACAUUAGAACAAGGGCGUUUGAAGAUAGGAUUCGAUUAGAGCCAACUUGCCAAAUUUAUUAAGUGGCAAUUCAACUUCAUUGAGCACGCAUCAGACUGGAACAGAAUGGAUUGUUCGUUUCAAAUGUGUAAAUUCCGAGAUUGUAGUUGACUGUUAAAGAUAUUUUACUUGCAGUUGCGGCAUC